AAAAAAUCACGUUUUCUGGAAAGACUGGAACUUUCUCCUGAAGCGGUGGAGUCCUCUUCUUCUUCUUCUUUUCUCCAUUACCAACUUUCAUUCAGCAAAUAUUCUGGAAACCAGACAUCAUUUGUUAUACACAACUCAAACAAACACAGAUACUGUUGUUAUAUUCAUCACAUAAACUUCCAAAGCAAAAGCCAAAGACUGAGAAAAGUUAGUUGAAGUAGUUGUUUAUGAGCAUGGAAGCUGAUGCUGCUACCACUUCACAGUUACCACUAGCCGACACAGACAUAAACUGGGACAGGUUGGACAAAACCAAGUUCCACGUCAUCGGUGCCGUUCUCUUCACGGCUCAAUCAGGCCUGCUUCAUCCAACGGCGGUGGUGAAGACACGAAUGCAAGUGGCGGGGUCGGAGUCCUGGCACGUGCGAGGAGGAACGUCGGUGCUGGCCCAAAUUCUGCGAAGCGAUGGCGUUUCGGGAAUCUUCAGAGGCUUCGGCACUUCCGCCAUUGGUUCAAUCCCCGGUAGGGUUCUGGCUCUCACCUCUCUUGAGGUCUCCAAAGACAUUGUCCUGAAACACACGCAAGCCACUCGCAUUCCAGAAGCUUCUCGUGUUGGCCUCGCUAACGCACUCGCUGGCAUGAUCUCUAACCUGGUUUCCUGCGUCUACUUCGUGCCCUUGGAUGUGAUUUGUCAGAGGUUGAUGGUGCAGGGUCUUCCUGGGACAGCGUUUUGUAGAGGGCCGUUUGAUGUUGUUCGGAAAGUUGUGGAGAAUGAGGGGUUUCGUGGUCUGUAUAGGGGUUUCGGAUUAACGGCGAUUACGCAGUCCCCUGCUUCUGCACUUUGGUGGGGUUCAUAUGCUGCCGCACAACACCUAAUUUGGAGUUUGGGCUACAAAGAUGAUACGGGUAAAAAACCUUCACAUGUGGAAAUGGUUACAGUUCAGGCUAGUGCUGGGAUGGUGGCUGGUGCUUGUUCAUCUGUUAUCACUACUCCCAUAGAUACUGUGAAAACACGUCUUCAGGUGAUGGACAACUAUGGCUCUGAAAGACCAUCAGUACUGAAGACAGCAAAGAUUCUCCUUAAGGAAGAUGGAUGGUGGGGAUUUUACAGGGGCUUUGGACCAAGAUUUUUGAACAUGUCACUUUAUGGAACAACCAUGAUUGUUACUUAUGAACUGAUAAAGAGAUUAUCGGUUCAAUCAAGUUUGAGGUCUUUUACGUAGUAGCAACUGUACUGCAAGAGCAUCUCUACCUUCUGUGGAGGGACAGCAUAUUGAUAAAUCCCCGUCAACCUCAAGCUCUAUAUGAUGCAGUAUUGCAAAGCCUGUGGAUUCUUUUCUACAUUUUUAUUGAACUUCUUCUUUUAGGUGUUUAAACAGAAAAUUCUUGUUACUUUCUUGAGUAUCGGGGUAGGUUGGAAUGUGGAGAAUUGUUGUUUUUCACUUUAUUCUUCAUUCCAAUGGCUUUACAUGUAGAAUAAGUUCAGAAUAGUCUUCCUUACAUUGCUUUUUAUAUCA